AUGACUAAAUCACUGCGCGGGUCUUCACUCCCUCAGGCCCGCUCAUACCAUCACAAUCAUUACCAUUUACACAACCAACGUGCAGCCACCCCCGAGAAUGCGAAUCACCACCAUCGCCAACUCGACGACCCCAGCCCGACGACUCCCAGCCCCGACGCCGCCACCUCGUCGAGUGCCGCCGCACCGAGAAUCGUCGUCCAGACCGUCUCCCUCAUUCAAAUAGUCGAUGCCACCGGCUCCCCUAUCCAAGUCCAGACCAUCUUCCCGACGGCCGCCACCGUGGAUGCUUCAUCAACCACCAGUGCCGCCCUUGACUUGUCAAUUGCCGCGGUACCAUCCUCAACUUCGUCCACCGAUUCUUCGACGACAUCUUCUAGCACGACGAAUGACUCAGCACUUUCAACACCGGCGCCCACCACAUCCACUUCCACCGACUCUUCCACCAGUCAAGAUAUCUCCUUGACGUCCGAUCCUUUAUCGACCCCAGCACCUUCAGAAGCUACGCCUUCACUCUACCCUACGUUGAGUGGCCAGUCAAACUCGACAAUUUCAUUCCUUACGUCAACAAACUCUUCUUCAACCUCAGUCUCUACCGCAACCAGUUUAACUAGCCAGCUUUCGUCUGGAUCAACAAGCGUCACUUCAUCAAUACUUUCAUCCCUGUCAUCGACGACAUGGGGCUCCAACUCGGGUUCGACUGCAACCUCGACAUCGGCAUCGACCUCGGUUUCGGGUUCUAGCAGAUUGAGCACGUCUACUUUUACCACGAGCGCCUCGCAAUCGCCCUCAAAUGAAGCGACAGCUUCCGGAGACGGGACCGCUGGUGGAAUCGGCGGCGGCGCGGCGGGGACGGCUGCACCCACUUCAACCUCCACCUCGGACAAUUCUAGCGGUAGCGGUUCGCCAACGCCAACGGCAACUGUCGUAGGAAGCGUCGUAGGAAGUUUGGCUGGAGCGGCUUUCCUUGUGGUGCUGGUAUUCCUCGCUCUUCGGUGGAAGAAGCGUACCGGUGGACGGUUCCGCCUCAGUGAGGCCAGCGCCGGCAAACGAGGCAUCCUGACCGGUUCCGGCGGUCCACCCGGUGGCAAUGGCGGCGGAAUGGUUCAACGGUCGUUAUCGUUUGAUCCCACGACAGCGGCCGCUGGUGCCGGGGCCGGAGCAGGUGCGAUGGCCGUGGCUCACAAGCCUUCCUCAAGGAGGGCUAGCGAGCCUUCCGAAACCGGCGAAAGAGGCUUUGUCCGAGUUGCCGGCAGGAAACUGCCUUCUGUGCUACAAGCCGGAGGCGACGGUUACACAGAUCCACGCGAGGGCACCUCAGCCGCUGUGAACGAUGACGAAUCAGUCUACUUCCGAGACUCUCAAGCCUUUUUCGACCCCAACGGUCAAACAACACGCCUCGCACUCGGCUCGCCCAUGAGGCCAGUCAGCGGUGUCGUGGUCUUCAAAGAGUCGCCGGCUCGAACGCCAGUGACCGAAUCGGCGCCGUUCCCGCCUCCGGCCGCGUCUCCGCAGACAAAUCCGCCGUUCGUCCCGUUACAGCCUCCCGGUCGGGACCCAAUUGGUCGGACCUUACCUUCACAGGACGGGUCUCGGGGCUCUCGGGGUUCGGCUUCUAGGUUUCACGAAGACAUGUGA